CCGCGCAGGCCGGCAGCGUUGGGGACCUCGGGGUCCUAGGCAGGGCACAUGCGGGGGAAGUGGCGCUGUCUGUCCGCGCGGCGGUUGUAAACCCUUCAGCGUGGAGCCAUGGGAGGCCUAGAGAAAAAGAAGUAUGAGCGAGGCUCUGCCACCAACUACAUCACCCGAAACAAAGCCCGGAAGAAGCUGCAGCUCAGCCUGGCCGACUUCAGACGGCUGUGCAUCUUGAAGGGCAUUUAUCCCCAUGAACCCAAACACAAGAAGAAGGUUAACAAGGGCUCCACGGCAGCCCGAACCUUUUACCUUAUUAAAGACAUCAAAUUCCUCCUCCAUGAACCCAUUGUCAACAAGUUUCGGGAAUACAAGGUGUUUGUCCGGAAGCUGCGCAAGGCCUAUGGGAAGAGUGAGUGGAACACAGUCGAGCGGCUGAAGGACAACAAGCCCAACUACAAGCUCGACCACAUCGUCAAGGAGCGGUACCCAACAUUCAUAGAUGCCUUGCGGGACCUGGACGAUGCCCUCUCCAUGUGCUUCCUCUUCUCCACAUUCCCACGGACUGGCAAGUGCCACGUGCACACCAUCCAGCUGUGCCGCCGGCUCGCUGUGGAGUUCAUGCACUACGUCAUCGCUGCCCGUGCCCUGCGCAAGGUCUUCCUGUCCAUCAAAGGCAUCUACUACCAGGCCGAGGUGCUGGGGCAGCCCAUUGUGUGGAUCACGCCCUAUACCUUCUCCCACGAUCACCCAACAGACGUGGACUACAGGGUCAUGGCCACCUUCACCGAGUUCUACACGACUCUGCUGGGCUUCGUCAACUUCCGCCUCUACCAGUCCCUCAACCUGCACUACCCACCCAAGCUCGAGGGUCAGCCCCAUGCAGAAGCGAAGACCAGUGAUGACACUUAUGCUUUGGACUCCGAAAGCUCUAUGGAGAAACUGGCUGCCCUUGGUGCCAGCCUGGCCCGCGUGGUGGUGCCCACGGAGGAGGAGGCUGAAGUGGAUGAGUUUCCUGCCGAUGGGGAGGUGUCGGCGCAGGAGGAGGACCGCAGGAAGGAGCUGGAGGCUCAGGAGAAGCACAAGAAGCUCUUUGAGGGCCUGAAGUUCUUCCUGAACCGCGAGGUGCCCCGUGAGGCCCUGGCUUUCAUCAUCAGGAGUUUUGGGGGGAACGUGUCCUGGGACAGAUCUCUGUGCAUCGGCGCCACCUACGACGUCACAGACUCCAGCAUCACCCACCAGAUUGUCGACCGGCCUGGGCAGCAGACCCCCAUCAUUGGCAGGUGCUAUGUGCAGCCCCAGUGGGUGUUCGACUCUGUGAACGCCCGGCUCCUCCUCCCCGUGGCAGACUACUUCCCCGGGGUGCAGCUGCCCCCACACCUCUCGCCCUUUGUGUCAGAGAAGGAAGGCGAUUAUGUCCCCCCUGAGAAGCUGAAGUUGCUGGCGCUGCAGCGGGGGGAGCACCCAGGAAAUUUGAACGAAUCUGAAGAGGAGGAGGAUGAAGAGGACAAUGAAGGUGAUGGUGAUGAAGAGGAAGGAAAAGAAGAGGAGGAGGAGGAUAUGGAGGCUGGUUCAGAAAAGGAGGAGGAGGCCCGUCUGAUGGCCCUGGAGGAGCGGAGGAUGGAGGCCCAACAGACAGCCCCAGAGGAGCGGAGGACAGAGGCCCGACAGACGGCCCCAGAAGAGCAGAGGACAGAGGGGAAGAAGCCCAGGGUGAUGGCGGGCACGGUGAAGCUGGAGGACAAGCAGCGGCUGGCUCAGGAGGAGGAGAGCGAGGCCAAGCGCCUGGCCAUCAUGAUGAUGAAGAAGCGGGAGAAGUACCUGUACAACAAGAUCAUGUUUGGCAAAAGGCGCAGAAUCCGCGAGGCCAACAAACUGGCGGAGAAGCGGAAAGCCCAUGAUGAGGCUGUGAGGUCUGAGAAGAAGGCCAAGAAGGCAAGGCCGGUGUGAGUGGCGGCAGCCCCUCAAUGUGCAAGGCCAGCUCUGGACCAGUGGACUUGGCACAGGCAGGCCAGAGGGCCUAGGCUUGGUGACAGACCAGCGUCUCUUCUGUUUUCAUCCUUCUCCUCCCUCUGCUGGCCUGGCCUCCACUCAGCCUCUCUGGCUGGGCCUCUGGGCAGCCCCAGCCUCCCUUAGAUUGCGCUCCCUGCUGGUGGCUGGGUAAGGAGAG